CUAUCUCUCCCGUUAUCCUACUGACCUCCUCCCGGUUUCUCUUCUCUGCGGCGCAACUUGGUCCCCCUCCAAUUGAAUAAAAUACACACCCAUAAAGCCAUACACACACAUACUACACACAUGAGGGAUGGCCGUCGCUGUCUUCGGAAAGAUCCUCAUCGGGAUUUAUGUGGAAAUCAAACGGAGUGAUGGUCGAAUCCACCAGGCCAUGGUGACGUCACUGAAUGAAGACAACGAGAGUGUCACUGUGGAGUGGAUAGAGAAUGGAGACACCAAAGGCAAAGAGAUUGACCUGGAGAGUAUCUUUGCUCUGAACCCAGAUGUGGCUCCUGAAGAGGAGGUCGUCCAGAGUCCAGAGACGCCCCCUCCUACCUCCUCCAUCUCCUCUGGAGCCAAACAGAUCAAGCCACCCAAGAACCGACGAACAGUAGCGCCUCCCAAGACUGAAGCACCACCGCGGGAAAACCGAGCUGCCGGGGUAGGGACAACGCGGGCCAGACCCAGUCAGAUUCAGCACCAGCAGAGCCAACCAGAACCGCCCCCGCCAGCAGCACUCACAGCCCAGCAGACACAGCAGAUGACCCUACAACAGCAGCAGAACGCGCGGCGGAAAUCCAACUGUGUGAAGGAGGUGGAGAAACUGCAGGAGAAACGAGAACGGAGACGACUUCAACAACAGGAGCUGAGAGAGAAGAAGGCUCAGGAGGUAGAUGUCACCGUUCCUAACUAUGAGAUCAUGUGUAUGAUCCGAGACUUCAGAGCCAGCCUGGACUACAGGCCCCUAACCACUGCUGAUCCGAUCGACGAGGAGCACAGGAUAUGUGUGUGUGUACGGGCACGGCCCCUGAAUAAGAAAGAGUUAACUAUGAAGGACCUGGACGUGAUCACCAUCCCCAGUAAGGACGUGGUGAUGGUCCAUGAACCUAAACAAAAGGUUGACCUGACCAGAUACCUGGAGAACCAGACUUUCCGCUUUGACUAUGCCUUUGACGACAGUGCAGACAACGACAUGGUCUACAGGUUCACCGCCCGGCCACUGGUGGAGACCAUCUUUGAGAGGGGCAUGGCCACCUGCUUUGCCUAUGGACAGACAGGAAGUGGGAAAACACAUACAAUGGGAGGAGACUUUUCGGGGAAGAACCAGGAUUGUUCUAAAGGGAUCUAUGCACUGGCAGCAAGAGAUGUGUUUCUCAUGUUGAAGAAGCCAAACUACAAGAAGUUAGACCUUAAUGUGUACGCCACCUUCUUUGAGAUCUACAGCGGGAAGGUGUUUGACCUUUUGAACCGCAAAGCCAAACUGAGGGUUCUGGAGGAUGGGAAGCAACAGGUCCAGGUUGUGGGGCUUCAGGAGAGGGACGUCAAAUGUACUGAAGACGUCCUCAAACUGAUAGAGGUCGGAAACAGCUGCAGGACAUCAGGUCAGACCUCGGCCAAUGCCCACUCGUCCCGCAGCCACGCUGUUUUCCAGAUCAUUCUGAGGCGGCGAGGGAAGAUGCACGGCAAGUUCUCGCUCAUCGACCUGGCAGGGAACGAGAGGGGGGCCGACACGUCCAGUGCUGAUCGCCAGACGCGGCUGGAGGGGGCCGAGAUCAAUAAGAGCCUGUUGGCGCUCAAGGAGUGUAUUCGAGCCCUGGGACGGAACAAGCCCCACACCCCAUUCAGAGCCAGCAAGCUGACCCAGGUCCUCCGAGACUCCUUCAUAGGGGAGAACUCCAGGACAUGCAUGAUUGCCACUGUAUCUCCUGGAAUGGCUUCUUGUGAAAACACUCUAAACACUUUGAGAUACGCCAACAGAGUGAAGGAGUUUGGGAUCAGUCCAUCAGACAUCCCAUUCUCCCAGCAGCAGGGAGGUGGAGGGGGGGGUCGUGCUGAACUCUCCCCGACUAACACCUACGAGUACGAUGACUUCCCCACCUCUCCCACCAGAGUUAAGGAGCUGCAGGUGGACCCGGUGAUGAUGAUGGAGGGCAGGGGGGGGGGGCGGGGGGCACAGCGUCACCCACUGGAGGUCCUGGAGGCUCAGUGGGGGGUCGGCAGUUCCCCUCAGAGGGAUGACCUCAAACUGCUCUGUGAACAGAAUGAAGAGGAGGUUUCCCCACAGCUCUUCACCUUCCACGAGGCUGUGUCUCAGCUGGUGGAGAUGGAGGAACAGGUGCUGGAGGACCACAGAGCUGUGUUUCAGGAGUCUAUCCGUUGGCUUGAGGAUGAGAAGGUGCUGUUGGAGAUGACAGAGGAGGUGGACUACGACGUAGACUCUUACGCCACGCAGCUAGAACAGAUCCUGGAUCAGAAAAUAGACAUUCUCACUGAACUCCGAGAUAAAGUGAAGGGUUUCCGUUCUACGCUCCAGGAAGAGGAGCAGGCGAGCAAACAGAUCAACCCCAAGAGGCCUCGUGCUCUUUAAACACAGGCACACGUCACCAACCCCAAAACUUAACUGGAACCCUCUGACAUUAAGGCGACUUGAGUCCAUAAGCAUGACCUAACUGAUGUCAUAAGCCAGUGGUCCUCUAAUGAUGGUCAGCGCCCAUCGCAGUACUACUGUUUUUUUUUACAUUGUUUGACUUGUCCAGGGUCAUGAAGAAAUGUAAAGGAUUUACAAGAAGAGGGUCAGCACAAAACCUCAGAAAAACACAGUUGUACAAGCAACUGAUUUAGACCCUUGUUUAGACCUGAAUAGGCCCCCCCCAAUGGUUCUGGAAGUUAAACGGACACACAUUUUUCUCUGAAAUACAUUUCAACAACAUUUCUGCUUAUAGUGAUUUCAAUGUGGAAUAGAUGAAAAAAAAUCUGAGACAUUAAUUCAAAGUUAACAGAUUGCUCUGAAAUAUGUAGAUAUUAAAUGGCGAAAAAGUAUGAUUCCAAAACCAAUAUGAUUUGUUUUUCCUUGUAAACUGGGUGGUUUGAAUCCUGAAUGCUGAUAGCUGUGGUAUAUGAGACCACAGGUAUGAUAUCAUCAUUUUGUACUGCUCUAAUUGCGUUCGUAACCAGUUUAUAAAAGCAAUAAGGCAUCUUCAGGGUUUGUGAUACAUUUCCAAAAUACCCCUCAGCUACUCCGCAAUUUGCCUUUCCUAGGAACAGCUCGUAGCUGUGGUAUAUUGGCCAUAUACCCCACUCCCUUAUCCCUUAUUGCUUACAUAUAUCUUUUUUUCCCUUUUUUUUGGUAAGUGGCUAAUCUUCUGAAUGAACGAAUCACCAAAGAGAUGUUUGUAUGCAUUAAACGUUUGAAGACACUGUAACCAGCAAUCAAUGUUGUCAAAACGUGAAUGAUAAAAUGACUGGCCAUUUGACUUCCUGAACCAUAAUCUCAGAAGCGUGUGAUCCCUAUAAGGUCCAUUAAAUGUUAAAAACAAUGAAGGGUUACACCAUUCUGUUUGUACAGUCUUGCCUUGCUGCUUGUUAAUACCAUCCAUUGAUGUGUCUGUAAACGUGAGGGCAGAUUUCCUCUUCAUCCCGGUAUAGACUGUCUACAUCGGUAAUGUAUCAGUGUGGUGUAACGACUAUCCACCGCUUCUCAUUCAAAUGCAAAAAAGAGGAAAGGAUUUAUUUGAAGCACCUUUUUAUAAGAUAAAUUUAAGAUAUGUUAAGUUUGACCUCUGGCCAAAUUUAAGAAUGAAACAACUUCUUUAUUUAGUAAGUAUUGAGUAUUUCACUCACUCCUGCUCCUGGAGAGUUGAAGUGUGUGCAGCCUUGUUUUCCAGUCCAGCACUAACACACCUUAUUCAACCAGGAUUUGACUGCGUGAAGUGUGUUGGUUGAAUAUGCAUUCAGCUCUCCAGGUGCAAGUGCAAUGAACCCAGAUUUUGUAGGAAAUCCAUUUUUGACCACUCCUUCUGAUCAUUUAGCCUUAGGGUUGAGGAAGUGAUGAGGUGUGGUCCCGGAAAACCAGAUGCAUGCAUGCACAAACGAGCUGUGAUUGUACUAUAAACUACCAUUGAUAUUACUGUACCCCCCUCUGUCUAUUGUACAUAAAUCCGCCACUCUUUAGGAUCUUGUUCUCCUACAGUGUUUUCCCUAAAAUGUAUCAGGCCAAAGGCGGGCCACCUCGUGAGCAGCCCCCCAUACAUCGAAAAAGACUGGUUGAAAAAUUUGAUAUCUUUAACCUUUUGUUUUUGAUGGACUUUGUGCCUUGUCUAGAAGUACAUCUUGGGGAAACGCUGUCUUACAAAUGCUUGUAACGACUAGCUUGUAUAAAAAUGCUUUAUGUAUGUGUUAAUUGCCAAGAUAAAUAUUUAUGUACCAACCUGCCUCUUAACAGGCCCAGUCGCAGUUGUAUCCGUCCGUUCUGUUUACAAGCCGUUCAGUAUGCUGUUAACUGAAGAAAUAUCCUGCGUUGCAUUUAUCUUGUAAAACGUUUCUUUUCUCCCUCUUCGCAUUUUCAAAUUGUUUAUAAAAAGGAAGCUAGAAGCACAGAUGUACAGGUAGGACUGCGUUUGGACCUAGCUGCUGCCGUAUAACUGGAACAUGACUAUGGUACCAUGUGAUAAUGUACGUGUGCAUCAGAUGCUGCCUGGCGUAAAGAAUAAAGAACCACAUGACUCACUGUU